AGCCGCUGCCGGGACAGGACAGGGAAGUUGCCACGGCUGCUGGGCUCGGCUCGGCGGCGGCGGCGAAUGUCGCGAGUGGCCGAGAGGGGAGUGUGUGCCACCGCUGCGCUCCACUCCACUCGACAGGAACCAUGCUGCCCAAUCAGGAAUACAUGCUCCAGCUAGCUGGAGUGUUCCAUACAGGGCAGGUGGAGUCGGGGACGUGUUUCCAGCAGCUGCUCGGCUCCGUCCCCACAGGGGUUAUCCUGAAGGAUGUGUCUCUCGAGGUGCACGGCGGAGAGGUCAUGGCCAUCCUCGGAUCCAAAGGCAGCGGCAAGCGCGCCCUGCUGGAGGUGAUCUCGCGGCGCGCCCAGGGCCGGAACAGAGGUCAGAUCCAGCUGAACAACGUGCCCAUGUCACAGCAGCUGUUCCAGGAGCACUGCGGCUACGUGACGCAAAAGGCCGACCUGAUCCCGGGCCUGACGGUGCGACAGACGCUGCAGUACGCCGCCAACAUGACCAUCUCCAUGCAGAUCUCCGGCGGCGUGAAGGCGGCCAGGGUGAAGCAGGUGCUGGCCGACAUGGCGCUCAACAACGUCAGCAACCGCGGCGUCGAGGACCUGACGCCCUCCGAGUACAAGCGACUCGUCAUCGGCGUCCAGCUGAUGCGCGACCCAGUGUGUCUGCUGCUGGAUGAGCCCACCUGGGACCUGGACCCGCUCAACACCUACUUCAUCAUCUCGAUUCUCUCCAACCACGCCAAGAAGUACAACCGGAUCGUGGUGCUGACCAUGGAGAAGCCGCGCUCGGACAUCUUCCCCUUCCUGGACCGCGUCACCUACCUCUGCCUGGGCGACGUCGUCUACACGGGUAGCACGCGCAUGAUGCUGGACUAUUUCCGCGUGAUCGGCUUCCCGUGUCCCGAGCUGGAGAACCCGCUCAUGUACUACCUGUGUCUCUCCACGGUCGACCGUCGCUCCCGGGAGCGGUUCAUCGAGUCCAACAACCAGAUCGCAGCGUUGGUGGAGCGGUUCCGAGCCGAGGGCGCCCCCUAUCGGAAGCACGCGCCGCCCGACAUCGAGCCGGACACGAUGCAGCUGAAGGUGCCGCUGUCGGCGUACGGACGGGCCCCGCUGCCGGCCGUCAUGUGGAGUCUCAUCUGGAGAACGUGCGACUCCAUCUUUAACUUCCGGCGGAGCGGUUUGAAGCUGCUCGGCCUCAAACUGUUCCUGCUGCCCAUGUUCUUCUUCGUCCUGUGGAAUUUCUACUUCCCACUUCAGGCCACGCAGCAGUCUCUGGUCACCCGGACGGGACUCAUCUUCAACUGUCUGGCCGGCGUCUCUCUGCUCUCUAUCGUCAUCACGGCGUCCACGUUCGGCGUGUUUCGGACGCGCUACUACCAGGAGUCCCGGGAGGGCAUCUACGGCGGCGCCACGUUCGUCUUCUGCCAGACUCUGAGCUCCCUGCCGCUCUCCGCGCUCUCCGUCUGCGCCGCAGCCUCCAUCAUAUUCUGGGGUCUGGGGCUGGGCGAGCACUGCGUCAACUGCGCGGCGCCCGGCUACAGCACCACUGAUCAGCUGUGGCAGUGGUUCCUCUUCUUCACCGUCCUCUGGGCCUGCUACGCGUUCGUCGAGCACCAGACCAUGCUGCUGCUGCUCUUCUGUCGCUCCUCCUUCUCGGCCGGCAUCGCCAGCUUCUACUGCACCGUCACCUACCUGCUCGUCGGCAGCAGCACGCUCAAGACGCUGGUGGGCCUGCCCAAGUGGCUGUACUACGUCAGUUACGUCGUCAUCUUCCGCUACGCCAGCGCGUUCCUGCACGAGCAGAUGUUCCGCGACAAGGAGUACCUGGUGAACCUGCCGUCUCGUAACGAAACAGCGCAGAUCAAGUGCAUCAGCAACAACGCCCAAUACGGCUGCAGGUAUUUGAACGGCACACACUACCUCCAAGAGCGGUACAGCCUGGGCAACAUCAAGAACCCGGUGGACGACCUGCACCUCUACUGGAACUUUGCCUGGACGUUCGCGUUCGUCGCCGGCCUGAUCCUGUUGAACGUGCUCGCCUACAGCAUGCCGCUGCCCAACUUCAUCAAGAGCAAGUUCCGAGAGUAGUGGAAGCAGCUCCGGGUAGAUGGCAGACACGCACCGGGAGGUACGUGGGUGUGUCUUUAUGCUGUUCGAAUGUGGGUGUAUGUGUUUGUGUGUGCGUGCAUGUGUGGGUCCGUUUCGUGCUUGUUUUAAGCUUCUUUGUUGGUUUGAUUUUUAUACUGUUCAUGGAUGUGAGAUGAGAAGUUCCAUGAAUGAUUCAUCGCUCUUUAAAGUUGCUUGCUCUAGUUCAAAGUCAUUUUUAGGACAUUUGCGUCGCCUUCAAAAUAUUUUGUCACAAAUCUUGCUUCUCUGUUAAGCUGGCUGCGAUAAGUUAAGUUUAAGCCAAAAAGUUAUAGCCUUUUUAGUUAUUGGUAGCUAUAAAAGUGGUUUGCAAUUUUUAUCUGUUUGGUUCCAGUUGAGGAAAAACUCGUCGGUAAUAGGCUCACUAAGCACGGACAUACGUUGUGAUAUGCGUAAAUGCAACAUACCACACAUGGGUCACCAAAUAUCGCGCAUCGCUGCAGCAUGCAUGAUUGUGUAUGUUCACUUACAAAUCGUGUUAUAUUUCCCUCGCACUCAAACAUGUUCGUUUCUUACCACAUAUGACUAUUUAUUUUGUAAAUGAAUAAAUUAUAUCAAUUUUGCAUUUCUGUUC